AUGGAGUCUCUAGACCCUCCAUUUAGCAACUGCCGUUCCUCGAGGCAUGUUGUGGGUAUUCGAGGAGGAAUUCAACUCUGCUUCAUACUGCUCGAGCCUGUCAUAUAUUUGCAAGAAGACGGCAACCCCGGUCGCCAUUCCAAGAACAAGCCGGUUGUCUCUCGGGGUUAUCUUCAUCUUAAAGUCACCCAACCGACCAAAAUCAAGAGCAUUUGCGUCUUCUUUUAUGGUCUUGCUAGGAUCCACCCGUUGGGGGAGAGUAUCAAAAAAGAGGAUCUCAUCACGUCUGGUAUUACCUUCUUCGAGGACGGGCAUGCGACAUUCCCGGAUAGGAGCUAUUACAGCUUGUUCGACGAAUCUUUAGCGGCUAAAGAGGCUGGUCGAAUUGUCAAAAGCAGCGCUCCAGCAUUGUGGGUCGAGCAAUUCUCCCCGCCCAAGUAUAAUCAAGGUAACUUAGAUCAUUCUGAGCUUUUAGGCGCUGAUAGCGAAAGCCCCCGACAUAACAAUAAUAGUCAUCUGAAAGGCCACUAUACGAUUUUACCUGCUGGCAAUCAUACCUACCCCUUCGAGUUUCUCUUGCACGACUCUCUUCCUGAAACGAUCAGCACUGACCUCAUGUCUAUCCGUUACUACCUCGAAGCCAAAGUCGAAUCCCCUGGAAUAUUCCGUUCCAAAAUGCGUUCGCAACAGGACAUCCCGCUUCUUCGAUUACCUUCAGAAACCUCACUAGAACUUACUGAGCCAAUAAUUAUCUCUAAGGACUGGCGCGAGCAGCUCCACUAUGAUGUUUGCAUCUUCGGCAGAAGCUUCCGCCUUGGCUCGCGGAUACCAAUAAGGCUGAAACUGACUCCUUUCAUCGACCUGAGAUGUUGCUGGCUUGAAGUUUAUGUAUCUCAGCACAUGCAGUACUGGGAAACGGGACGGGAAACUCGUAUAUCACAAUUAGGCAAAAGGAAAGUGCUUCUGUUCAAAAAACUGGCAGGAAUUGAAUGUCAAAGCACAUAUCCUGGCAGCGGAAUUCGAAUCACUUCAGAUCAGGACAUAAUACGGCCCGCGUAUACGCAAACUCCGAGUCUGCUCGGGCCAAUGUUGGAAACACGUGAGAUUGAAUUGGAGGUGCAACUGCCCAGAUGCUCUGAAUUGAAAGAAAGAGCGCAGUGGCAACGGCUUCAUACAAGUAGUAAAGCAGGUAAGCCUGAUGUGAACCACUGGAUUCAGAUCGUCCUGUCUCUUUCCAAGGAAGCUAGGGAUGAGACAGCAAAAAGAAAGCAGAACGCUUUCCAGCUCCUGAUGAUCCAAAAACCCGUCACUCUUCUACCCUGCAAGGCGAGUCCAUCCAACAUCUACGUUCCGCCAUAUGCAGUUCAACCCGAUACAAAAGCAAUUACAUUGGAAAAUUUGGAAUGCGCCUGUGUUCGUAGUGACUUUACGGAAAAUCCUGCACCCAUGCAAAAAGCCGAAGCGCCAGAGACCGAAGAAAUCACGUCUGUUGCGCUAAUUUUACCAGACAAUGAUAUGAGGCUACCCAGCUUCGAGAGCAGCUCCAGCGAUAUUAAGCCGCCAGCUCAAUCCCAUAUAACCGGAUCGGGCUUCCCAGAAAUUCUCCGAAGAGUGGCCCCUUCAGGAGCGGCCAGACAAUGUCAUACUAGGUAA